AUGGAGAAGCUUGACGCUAACGCGAAGAAAGAGGUGGAAGCUCUUGUCGAUGUUCCUCCUGAUCACUUUUCUGUUAGGGGCUGCUGCCUCCCUCCGCCCGCGCAGUUCGUGCUGGUUGCAGUUCUCGGUUCUUUCCAGUUCGGUUACAGCUUUUCUGCUCUGAACACCUCCAAGGCGAUUAUCAUUGCGGACUUCGAUUGGUGCAAGGAUGAUCCCGAUCAUGUGCUGGACUGUAGCAAUGGCGUUCUCUAUGGCUCUCUGAUAACGGGGUCUAUUUUCAUUGGUCUUACCAUUGGGUGUCUUCUGGCCGGUCCUGUUACCCACUUUGGGCGUAGGGUGUCCUUAAUGCUGACCAAUCUACUUUUCCUCGUCGCGAGUGUACUCUCUGCCGCCGCUGAUGGUGUCGCCUCCCUCUUCUUGGCUCGCAUGUACCAGGGGAUGGCUGUAGGCUUGGCAACUGUGUGUGUGCCUAUGUACAUCUCGGAAUUUACGCCAGACAGAUCCCGUGGAUUCUAUGGAACGCUACAUCAGUUGCUCAUUACCGUCGGCAUUUUGGUGGCCACGCUUCUUGGUCUUGCCUUCGGCUCUCCGCCUGCAGAUAACGACUUCACGUACGAAGUCACUUUCUUCCAGAAAUUUUGGUGGCGUUUCAUGUUGGCUUUUCCUGCACUCGUGUCGGUAGUGGCAAUUUUGCUGCUGUGGCUGGUUUACACGACGGAGAGCCCCCACUUUCUCAUGCAUCAGGGUCGUAAGAACACGGCGACUGCACUGCUGAAGGAAAUCUUGGGCAAAGAAGACGUAUCCACCGAAAUUCAAACUAUUGAUGUCUCGAUGUGUCAGCAGAAAGUUCUCGAGGCAGAGAGUCUAUCGCUCGGAAAAGCACUGGGCUUCCCUGUCUACCGGCAUGUUUUGUUGCUAGCAUUCUUUCUGUCUGCUUUCCAGCAGUUCACGGGUAUCAAUGUGUUGGUUGCCAAUAGCAACAAGCUGUACACGUCUUUGAACAUAUCUGAGAACCUGGUUACGGUGCUUUCCGUCAUUCUGGGUCUAGUGAAUGUUCUCAUGACAGUGCCAGCCAUUUUCCUCAUGGACAGGUUAGGCCGUCGCACGCUGCUGCUGAGUGGAUGUUUUGGCCAAGCUGCCUCGACGAUCGUUGCGCUAGUAGCCAACUUCAUUGACAGGUCGAGCACGGCUGUCCAGUGGCUCAGUGUCGCCUGCAUCUACGUGUUCAUCGUCUCCUUCGCCAUCGGCUAUGGACCCGUUCUGUGGGUAUACCUGCACGAGAUUUUCCCCCCGGAAAUCAAGCAAACAGGUGCAUCCGUGGCCUCUGCGGUAAACGCCGUGGCAACCAUCAUCGUGGUGCUGCCGUCAGACUUCGUGCUGACGAGUGAUCUGAGAGUCAUGUUGGGAGUAUGCGGAGGCACUUCCUUGAUCGCGCUCAUCGUGGCGUCCAUCUUCAUGAAGGAGACAGCAGGGCUCUCCAUAGACGAAUCUCCCUACUUCAAAGGGAAGAGGAGAGUUAUGAGCAAGUAUUUCGACGUGACUGGUCUGAACAACGUCGGCCAGCAAGUGCCCUCACUGGCCUCUGGCCACUUCUCCCCGACACAGCUAGGAGCACCACCUCCCGCAAGUGCUCGCGCGCUUCGCAGUAGACGUUGGAGUGCGUGUGCUGUGGCACUUUUAGCCCAUUAG